ACUAGUUAAACGUCAGUCGUUAUUUAUAAUUCUGUGACAAUGUCGAAAAGCGUCUUAAAUGGUACUAAAAUUAUAAUUUUAAAAGAGAUUAGAGAUAAGAAAGCAAUUCUUUUCGGCAGCUUUUCCGACAAAUUAACAAAAAAAGACAAAAUAGAAUGUUGGAAAACUGUGCACCAAAAAUCCACCAGUUUAGGGCUUGUGCCUCCAAAUAAGGAUUGGACUUACAGCCGUGAUGUAUUUUGGCAAAAUUUAAAGAAAACAACAAUGAAGAAAGUUGAUAACAGGAGGAAAACUGGUUCAGGUGGAGGCACAGAUUCUAAAUUUACAGAAAUGGACAAUGUAGUUCUCGACAUUCUUGGGCCGUAUAAUCCAAUUCUGUGUAGUCUCGGCAUUUCCGAAACUUGGGAGCAAGAUCCUGAGAAGGAGCAAGAUCCUGAGAACUUUGAACAAGAAAUAGAAAAUUCAAACCAUUUGCAAGAUCACGGUGCAACAAACAAAAUUAAAAACACUAAUGUGUUUAUUUCUACUGGGAGCAGCAGUGUACCUACUGAUCUUGUGCAAAAAGGAAAAAGUCGAAAAUAUCUAAUGAAAAUUACCCAAUUGACGAAGCACUAAUCGAUUUAAAGAAGAAAAAAUUACAACACCAAAUUGAAAUCCUUGCAAAAGAAAGUUAUCUAAAAACAUUAGAGAUUUUAAAACUAGAACGGGAACUACAUGUGACCCCUUCAAAAUUCACUGCAUCGUUCGAUUCUGCUGUAACCUACCUCAUAAAUGUAGAAGAGUCACCUACCAGUGAAAGCGUGGAAUAUUCGACCAUUGUUUGA